AUGAAUUAUUGUUUCCCAAAACAAAACAUCUCAAAUGAAAACCCUAUCUCUUUCCUUUCCAAGCCACUCUCCCCUCUCACUCUUCCCCGAUCCCUUUCAUUCUCUCUCUCUCUCCUGCUCGAAACACCAGCAGCUGUGGGGGCUUCAACUACGACGGCGAGAGGCUAUACGAGGGUUCAACAACGGUUGAGGUCGACGGGGCUGACAGAGGCUAAUAAAUGGCAUCUCACAGUCAAUGAGAAGAAAUUUAUCGAGAACGUUCAUCUCUCCAACCUUCGACUUGACGGUCGUCGUCCAUUGGACUACCGCAAUCUCAUCAUCACCUUCGGCAAGGAGGAUGGCUCGGCGGAGGUGCAGCUGGGCCAAACCCAUGUCAUGGGAUUUGUCACGGGCCAGCUGGUUCAGCCCUACCGUGACUGCUCCAACGAGGGCUCACUUUCCAUCUUCACCGAGUUAUCCCCCAUGGCUGACCCUUCCUUCGAGCCUGGCCGCCCCAGCGAGGCUGCUGUUGAGCUCGGCCGCAUUAUAGACUGUGGCCUAAGAGAAAGCAGGGCUGUUGACACUGAAUCGCUUUGUGUUCUUCCAGGGAAAUUGGUUUGGGCCAUCGGUAUUGACCUCCAUUUUCUAGAUAAUGGAGGAAACCUUAUGGAUACUGCAAAUAUUGCUGCUUUGGCUGCUCUCAUGACGUUUCGGAGGCUUGAAUGCUCAUUUGGAUAUUUGUAUGUGGGUUUUGCUGUUAAUUGA